AUGUCUUCGGUUCAUCUUCUGAGAGAGUUCAUCGGUGAAAGACUGAGCGCUGCUGCCUCAGAAAUCUUCUCCGAGUUUGAGAAGACGAUCCUGCGGUACGAAGAAGAGCUCGACCGUCAGCGCAGACUGCUGGAUGUCAGCUGGAAACCUGAGCUGAAGCUGCUCAGAGUCGACCUCCAGCAGGAACCAGUCCACAACACUGAGCUGAUCCUCACAGACCAGCAGCUCUGCAACCAGGAGAGGAACUCCAGCCUGAACCAGGAGGAACCAGAACCUCCAAUAAUCAAAGAGGAACAUGAGGAACUAGAACCUCCACAGAUCAAAGAAGAAGAGCAGGAGCUCUGCACCAAUCAGGAGGAAGAUCAGCUCCACGCGAAGCAGGAAACUGAUCUGUUUAUGGUGACAGAACCAGACGGGGAGCAGCUCAUCUCUCAGAGUUCUGCUGAACCUGAGGACCAGGAUUCAGUUUGUGGAACUACGUUUAAUACCAGUGCGGACUGUAAAAGACACAUGAUGAUCCACACAGGGGAGAGGCCGUAUUCUUGUCAAACCUGUGGAAAAUGUUUUAAUCGAACUUCACUUCUGAAUCGUCACAAGAUGAUCCACACGGGGGAGAAGCCAUUUUUUUGUGAAACCUGUGGAAAACGUUUUCAUCAGUUUUCACAUCUGAAUUAUCACAUGAGGAUCCACACAGGAGAACGGCCGUUCAUUUGUGAAACCUGUGGAAAAAGUUUUUAUCAGUCUUCACAUCUGAAGUAUCACAUGGCGAUCCACACAGGAGAACGGCCGUUCAUUUGUGAAACAUGUGGGAAAAGGUUUUAUCAGACUUCACAUCUGAAUCGUCACAUGAUGAUGCACAUAUAAGAAAGGCCGUUCAUUUGUCAAACCUGUGGGGAAAGUUUUAAUCGAACUUCUUGUCUAAAAACUCACAUGAAGGUUCACACAGGCUGAACUGAUCUGUCACGUGUGGAGAAAAGUUUUACUAAAUGG